UUUUUGUCGAGCUUUGUCGAGCUUCCUCCACUCCGCGCGCCAAACGUCCCGGUAGCAAACACUCUAACUCACGCUUACCAUUGCGAGAGUGUGCCACAACGGUUAUCUCUGUUGCUCUCGUGCAGUCGCGCCUGUGCCCUGCCCGUUACAAUCGUGCGCGGAUCGUAAGGCGGUUACUCGCGCUGUCCGAGAUUGUGCCGCAGACUGAUAUCCCGCGUCAGACUCUAUCCGGACGACGCCCGACCAGCUCGUCUUUUCGGCCGCCGUGUCUCUCGUGCGAGUUUGAGGCACCGUCUUAGCAGGACCGUCUCGCUGCCAAGCUGCCAGCUUAAACGCCACUCACUGCAGCACUGCCGAUCGCAACCGUCAGCACACUUUGGCUCGCCGUGCUGUGGCGCACACAACUUGGUCCCAUUGCACGCCUCCAUCCGCUGGCCACCGGCGCGGCCCAGGCCCAGGGUGGGCGAGUUUUGAUAAAUAAUUUGCUCCUCCAGUCCAUCGUAAUGAAUUUAAUUUGUUACUUACUUAUUUAAUUAAUAAAGCCUAAUUAAUAGGCGUGAGAAGUGUGCUGCUCGGCCCGACGCGACGCGUCUAAGGGUGUACAGGGUGGGGAGGCAUAACUGUUUGUGAUCAAAUCCCACAUUCCAGUGCCGUACGUGCGUGUGAUUUUUGUAAGUGUGUGUGUUUAUGUGUGUGUUUGUGCAUGUGUCUAUGUUUAUGCAUCUGCAGUGUGUCGAGCUUUUGCUACGAAUUAUCCACCCUGAAGUGAUUUUGUUUUCAACUUUCUCGAUUAGUUCCUUGUUUGUUUACGUUAUUGUGCAACUCGCAGGAGAAAACAGGCGUCACAGGUGUUACUUUCAAAGUAUGUGCGUGUGGUUUUAUGCAGCAUAUCGACACUGUGAUACAGAUGCUCUGGUGUGAUAGUGAUGUAAUCCAAUCGACUUUAUUUACCAGGACUUUUAGCAGUUUUUUUUAUCAAUUCGUUUCAUCCCUUCAGCGUAAUUUAAACGAAUGUUCGUCAACAACAAAAACAAAUUAUUAAUAGCAGAUUUUUGCUGUGAAUAGAAUGUGACAACCCAAUGGCUGAGCUUAAUGUGCAACCCAAGUAUACGAUACGACAAAACCAAGCCCUUACUCAUAGUGGAUAAAAACGGACAAGGAUAGCAGUGGUGCUUUUAUCUUAAAGAACACAAAAACAGCUCCAAAACAGGAUGUGUGCAACAGUCGGUGACCAUUGUUCUUUCGUAUGCUAGAUAACAACACUUCCGCUUCGCAAGAACACAAUCGGUCAAACUGUCGGCGCUAUCGAUUCGAAACUUCUCAGCAAAUAUGCUGAACAAUCUCAACGCAGCCGGAUUGGGUGGUCCGAAGGAAUGUGAUCUGCCGAAAUCGGGCCUAACAUCCCUGCACGGUGCGACCGGAUUCGGCCAGGUGCCCAAUUCCGGCACCGCCGACAGCAACGGCAACCGGUUGCACGUUAACAGUGGCGCCGGUGGCAACACUGGCACUGGGGGCGGCACGGGCGGUACAGGUGGUGGCAACGGUGCUGGCUCGCUGUGUGAGCCGCACAACAUACACCAGGAUCAGAAUGCUGACAAACAUGGCGCAAAACAGAAACGGCACCGAACACGCUUCACACCGGCGCAGCUGAACGAGCUGGAGCGCUGCUUCUCCAAGACGCACUACCCGGACAUCUUCAUGCGUGAGGAGAUCGCCAUGCGGAUCGGUCUCACCGAGUCGCGAGUGCAGGUUUGGUUCCAGAACAGGCGUGCCAAGUGGAAAAAGCGAAAGAAGACCACCAACGUUUUCCGUACACCGGGCGCACUAUUACCUUCGCACGGAUUACCCCCGUUCGGGGCCAACAUAACCAACAUAGCCAUGAGCGAAAGCUUAUGCGGCACGUCAAUGUUCGGGGGCGAUCGAUGGGGCGUUGGUGUCAAUCCGAUGACCGCCGGAUUCGGUCAGCUGAACCAAUCGUCCUCGCUAUCCUCCACGCUCAACACGGGGCUUAACUCGGGCAUCAACAUAUCCUCGGCUAUGGGGGCCGGCGGGUAUCAUAACUAUGGACUGAAUGCGUUAGGUGAUACGAUGAUGUACCAACAUUCGGUUGGCGGUGUAGGCUGCACGGGAGGCUCACCCACGUCCACCCCGCCCAACAUAAAUGCUUGCUCACCAUCCACACCACCGCUAACGAAUAGUGGCCAGCAGCCGAAUCAGCCUCAGCAGCAGCAACCGCAUCAGCAACAGCAGCAACAGCAGCAGCAGCAGCAACAGCAACAGCAAGGUGCCAGUCAGAACGAUGCGUCGGCCAAUGGUGAAAUGUCUGGCCCCAAUCAGCACGGUAUCGGCAACUGUCAGAGCUUGUCGGCCGGUACCCCUGACGGAGAUGAGGACGUUUGGCGAGGUCACAGCAUAGCAGCCCUCCGACGCAGGGCGUCCGAAUUGAAUCAAACCAUGCCCUCCUACUUGCAUGCGCACAAUUAUGAUCACCACAACUCGGUGUAUUGACUGCAGCUAUUUAAGUGAGCUCGCCAAUUGUGCAGCUUUUAAGGUGAAAGCAGCAACCAGUAGCAGUACGGGCAACUAGCAAAAAAUGGUGCAACGUAGCAACGGACACGCAUCGAAUGCCGGAGCAGUAUUACGGACCCAGAGUAGGGAUCCCGGCCGAAUCUCCGUGUGAAGCAGAGAUGCAAGAUCGUCGGUGUGUCAACGUUUACUUUUAUUUCCUUAUUUUGUUUUUUUUUUUUGUUUUUUAAUUCCAUUGCUUCUGUUGUAAUAGUCUGUUACGUUUGUCUCUAAGAUAGUUGAUCCCACUGUUUAUUUUCUACCGUCAAGGGAUUCCCGAUAGCAGAAUGGAAAUCCGUUGUACUUGUAAAUCAAAUUUAAUGUAAAUUUUAGUAUCAUAGCACCGAGUAGCGAUGAACGAUCAGGCAAUUAUUUGAAGAAUCUUAUAGGAUAGACGAACGCAGGAAAAAUAGUCUUACCGAUGCUUACGGGAGUAUCAAUCUGUGUGUGUGUGAGAGAGAGAUUGCAUACUUAGCUGAUCGAUAUUCGCCCAACAACAGAGAGAAACAACACACAAUUCAAAUUACAAUGAAAAUGUAACUUAUUUACAUACUAAAGCAAAGAAGGCCAGCAGUGGAAGUGACCCCUUAUUAGACAGACCCACUAUUGCAUUAAUGCACACACAUACACACCUCCCUAGUGAUCAAGUAAACUAUCGAGCCUAAAGAAAGAAAAACAAGAAACAACAUCAACAACUGUAAACCAAUGUAUACGAAAACUCUGCAUACUAAAAGCAUUAAGAAGCGUGUUGGAA